UCACUGUCAUAAUAUUUCAAGUCCCUCAAGACAGUCCGCCACCUGCUCUUUGUCUGUUUACUACUUGUUUCAACGAUUCCUUUGAGAUCAGAAGAAAGAAAUGUUGGGGAAAUGUGAGAAGAUGCCUGUCAUCUCUUCAACUACAAACCAGUGGUCACAGGGACAUAACCAGAUAGAUGAGAAAAGCUUGAUGGCAUCAACUGCUAGGCUUAUGGAGAAACCAUGCCAACAAGAACAAGCUGCUCUCAAGUGUCCCCGCUGUGAUUCAUCAAACACCAAGUUCUGUUACUAUAACAACUAUAGUUUAUCUCAGCCAAGACACUUCUGCAAAGCUUGUAAGCGUUACUGGACCAGAGGUGGAACCCUAAGGAAUGUUCCUGUUGGUGGUGGUUGCAGAAAAAACAAGCGUGUCAAGAGAUCACCUGCCAUGGAUGCACCUUCUUCAAACCCUAACAAGCCUAAUCACUCCCAGAUGAAUAAUAAUAAUAACUCUUCUGCUUCUUCCAACCCUAUCAACCCUUUGUUUUAUGGCUUACCCACUAACCCAUCUGAUCCUAUCAAUCUUCCUUUCCCUAGAUCAGUUUCGACUACUUCUGGGUAUGGUCUUCAGUCUCAGUUGAAUGCUCUUGGAUUAGGGACGAUGAAUAUCAUGUCUCAUGAUGCUGCUGUAUCUGAUCAUAAUCCCCUCAUAAUUAACACUACUAAACAGCUUCAAGAUAUGGCGGUCACUUCAAGUUCUUUCCUCUCAACUUAUCCCAUCUUUGCUAAUUCUUCUCCAUCUUCUACACCAACUAUUUCUUCCUUACUUGCUUCUACUCUUCACCAACAACAGAAGCUCAUCAAUGGCACUCAACCACCAAACCAUUUCCAGUCUCUAGCUUCACUUCAAGACCUUCAAAUGGGGGGAGGCAACAGUACUGAAUUAACAGGAGUAGUCAAAGGUGAAAAUGGUCAAGAACAAAGCAAGAUGGAGUGGAAUCAGAUCGACCAAGUGGGUUUGUCUGAUCCUAAUUCUCUUUAUUGGAAUACAACUGGACUCAGUGCUUGGCAUGAUCCAGCAAAUAUUGGGUCCUCAGUUACUUCCCUGAUCUAGCAAAAGCUGCUUAAUUAUAAGCUCUUUUUCCUUCUUUUUAUCUCCCUCUUUUAAGUUUUUAGUAAUCUUUUUGGUUCUUUUAGCUACUGAUUAGGUUCUGUUCAUCGCUUUGCACUGGAAUCUAUAUGGUCAAAGUAGUAGGGGGGUGGGGAUUUUAAGAGUACGUACACACAAAACAAAGAAAGAGUAAAGUAGAUGAGAGAAGAUUUGGAUCGGAGAGAUCAUGUCAGCUGCAAGAAUUUUAAUCAGCCUGUUCAUUUUUAUUCUCAAGGUUGAAGAAAAUCACCCAUUUGCGCUGAGAGGAACCUCGGAUCCUCUUCAUCUCAUCAUCAUCAUCAUCAUCAACAUCAACAUCACCACCAUUGUCGUCGAUCAUCUUCAUCAUCCUUGAUCAUCAUGAUCUACGCAGUGUUCAAGAGAGGCUUAGCAAUUAAUUAAGUAAGUUGGCUUUUUCUUAUCUUGUGUUUAUGUAUAUAUAAUGACAUUAGUUUGCUCUCUUUUUUUCAUCGUGUAUUUCUUUCAUAUGAGAGUUGGGGUUGGGGGGUAUAAGUGAGAGUCCUCAUUGAAGAUCAUAUGGGGAUUUGAUAAUUUUUCUUCUUGGGAAAUUUUUUUAUUUUUUUUUUCUUCUUCUUAAUUUUGGUUUUCUUGGGGUGGGGGGUGGUUUGGUAUAAUGGGUAUAUAAGAGAGAGGGAGAUUUGUAAUUUGGUAUUGCAAUGUUGGGAACUUAUUGGAUUAAUGUGGUCAAUUGGGUCUUGGUUCUAUACAUGAUGUUGUUGACUUUCUUGA